CAUUCUUCCUGCUCCUCUUUCUACUUACUACGUGCUGAAUUAAACACUUCUUACUACGUUCUGCACCUCGCAAUGGCUCGUCCGAUCCUGCCGCUGCCUCGGACCCGCCGCAACCGCCUCGCGCUCGCAGCUGCUCCGCUGCCUCCUCCCCCGCCGCCGCCGCCGCUGCUGUCUAAGCAUUCCUCUCUCUCCUUGUCCUCUUCCUCUGCGCCGUCCUCCUCUGCGCGUCUACCGCUGUUUAAGCUCCCGCUGCUGCUUCCGGUGGAUAGCGACGAGACUGAGUAUGGUGAGGGAGACGAGGGAGACGAGGCAGACGAGGCAGACGAGGCCGGCGGAGAGUGCGAAUGCGACGUCGGGACAAAGAAGAGAAAGAUCCCAAGCUCGCUUCGGCCUUCGUCGUCGUUCUCUUCUUCUGCUGUUGCUUCUGCUGCUAAAGCAGUUGCUGCUUCCUCCUCUUUGUCUUCAAAUGCGUCGUCUGUUUCGUCUCCGUCUACGGCUACUACCACCACCGCAGCUGCUCCUGUGGCGCAUUCCGCUGCUCAAGCGUCGCCCUCAGAUUCACCUGCUCCAGCGCAACCCCCAAUCUCCCCCUCGGCCCUCUACCUCGCCGUCCGCCGCCGGCGCGCGCGCAGACGACUCCGUCCGCAUUUCCCGCACAGCCCGCGGUCGCUAAGCAAAGCGUUCCUCGCCGCCUCGCCGUCCCUGUCCUCCUCGCUCUCUGCAUCUUCCUCGCCUUCCUUGUCGUCGCAGGCUUCUCCCUCUUCGCCUUCGUCGUGCUGCUCGCCGCCGUCGAUUCCUAAUUUCACGUUCUCGUUCAGGGCGGUGCCGCUUCCUGACCCGAGCGUGUUGCAUCAGUAUCUCGAUUACGGCCGGGAUCUCUAUCAGGCACAAUACCAGGACCAUCACAACCCGCAGCAGCAGCAGCAGCAGCAACAACAACCCCUCUCUCCCCCCGCCAGCGCUACAAAGCCGCCUUCUACUGUCCCCUCCGACCAACUUCCAGCCCACCCCCCCACAACCGCCCCACCACCCCGCCUCCCGCGCCGCCGCGCCGCCGUCUCGCGUCAGCACGUCCCGCAGCCCUCGCAGCCGCGGGACCCGAACGCGCCGAUCUGGAUCUGCCAGUUUUGCGAGUUCACAGACAUCUUUGGCGUGCCGCCCGUGUAUCUCAUGCGGCUCUACGACGAGAACGAGAGGCGCGAGCGGCGGAUUAGGGCUGAGCGGAGGCGGUUGCUGGAGAAGGCGAAGAUGAAGGGGAAGAAGAAAUCCGCGGCGACGGCGGCGGCGCACCAUGGACAGCAGAAUUUGAAUCCCCAGCAGCAGCAGCAGCAGCAGCAGCAGCAGCAGCAGAGACAGCAGCAACUACCAACGCCAUCACCGGAACCGGACGUCGUCGGCGUCGUGGAAAGCGCGGUAGGCGGCGAAGUCACAGGUGAGGUGGUCUCGAGUUAUAACGGGCCCGACCCUGCUCUAUCUUCACACGCACCACCGCCGCCGCCGCCACCGCCGCUGUCUUCUUCUACUGCUUAUUCUUCUUCUUCGUCGUCGUCGUCGUCGACGUUUGAGACGAUGGCUGCGCCGCCGGCGCCGCCGCCAAAGUCGAAGAAAGCAAUGGCGCAGCGGUUGAAGCGGCAGCAGCGGACUGCAGCGAUGGCUCAUGUUGUGUGAGCUGCUUUUACUUCUUUGUUCUAUCUGUUUGCUGUUUGCUUUAUUUGUUAUUCGUUUUUCUAGUUUGAGAUGUUUAUUUCAUUUACGCGGUUCGAGUUUUCUUUCGUUUUCAGUUUUGACGUUGCAUAUGCUAUAGUUUUUGUUUCUCGCUUUCUUGUUUUCGUUUUUAGUUAUUCAUAUUGUCUGCUUUUACUGCUCCUGCAUCUGGUUUGUUCUCUACAUGGUUGGAAUAUCAUCUUGCAAACUCUCUCUCUCCUUCUUCAGUUCAUCAACGACGAUUCAUGAUUCUAUAUCU